AUGACACAAGAAGAACCACGGCGUCAACUGGCUUCAGUCUCGCCACCAGCUUGUUUUUGUUGUCCUUCUGUGUCUACAAUCGUAAGCUCUGUCACAACGAUUCUCCUCUUCUGCUUUGUGUUUGUGUCAUCCAUCCCAUCGGCAUCUCUGGCUUUUUCCAACAAUCUACCAGUUCAUACUCUGCUGCUUUGCAGACACGGCGAUAGUGUGUGGAAUGGAGGCCAACCGGGUUGUGAAGAGCGCUUUACAGGAUGGACAGAUGUUGAGCUCAGUCAACAAGGAUGUCAAGAAGCUAUGGAAGCCGCUGCACAGUUGGCAUCUUACUUCUAUGACAUUGACUGUAUCUUCACCUCCAUGUUGCAACGAGCUCUGGACACCACAGAUGCCUGUCUCACGGCGCUUGGAAAUAAUCAAAAGGAGCUACCUCCAGUGAUCUGUGAUUAUCGCUUGGCGGAGCGACAUUAUGGGGCGCUCCAGGGGCUGGUAAAGAAGGACGUGGAAGAAGGAAAUUCUGUUUUCGGUUAUUGUCCAGAUCUCGUCGAGAAAUGGCGCAGAAGCUGGCAUACUCAACCGCCAACGCUAGACGACAACGAUGAAAGGCGGAUCAUGGAGGUUGACAGGUUGGCAGAGAUUUGUGGCGGAGCCCACAAUGUGCCAAAAGGCGAAAGCCUUGCCAUGGUUGCCCAAAACAGAGUUCGUCCAUUUCUUAAUGAAGUGGUAACUCCAGCACUCAACUUGGCUGCAAAGCUAAAGAGUCAACUGAGCCAAAAGAAUGUCGAGGAAGAGUUGACGGCGGGACUGGUGGUAGCACAUGCCAACAGCCUGCGAGCUUUGAUUGGGUGCCUAUGCGAGGUAGAGGACGAUCCAGUGGCUCUUGGGAUAUUGGAGUCAUUGCGAAUUCCAACAGGAGUGCCUCUGGUGAUUCAUUAUCAGCAACUGCCAAAUGGAAGGUUCCGUGCAUGCCCUCUUCCUGAACCUGACGAAUGCCUGAUCCAAGAUAACUGGGGAUAUUUCAACAAGCCAAAAGAAGCACCACCCAACCUUGGCCACCCCAAUUUGCCGGUUUGGCCAUUGGACACCUGUAUCCCCUUAGAAGAAAGAACCAGAGCAGACUUCUUUUCAGCAUUUGCCAAUGCAGCAGAGGAUACGUAUUCCCGUCGUUAG